GAAAAAAAAGAAGAAGAAGAAGAAAACGACGUCGGUUGAGUUGAGAAGAAAAAGGAAAGUUGGGGAUGAGAAAGAAGUUCGUAAAAGGGAAGUUGGAUAUUUGGUGGACUCUUCAUCUUUCCUCUUCCUCACCUCAUCAAAAGAUCCGAACCCGAAACUCUCUCGAGAGAAACACAGAGAGAGGAAGAGCCUACUGUUCUAUUCCAACUGUUUCAGAUCUGAACGAUUUUGUCUGAAAAGUCUGUUCCUUUGAGAAUCAGGAUAAGUAAUCGGAGCUGGGUUUAGCGUUUAAGGAAGUUUCAAAGUCAACGGAUAUGCCGGAGGAGGAGUCGGUAGAUAUCAAAUUCAGGCUCUACGAUGGCUCCGACAUCGGACCCUUCCACUACUCGUCUUCCUCGACCGUCGACUUUUUGAAGCAAAGGGUCGUCUCUGAUUGGCCCAAAGGCAAAACAGUUGUUCCGAAAGGGAUAAACGAAGUGAAGUUGAUUAGUUCGGGUAAGAUAUUGGAGAAUAGCAAGACUGUUGGUCAGUGUAAGACACCCUUUGGAGAGGUUGCUGGUGGAGUCACUGUGAUGCAUGUUGUUGUACAGCCUUCUCUUGCCAAAACUAAAACAGAGAAAAAAGUCGAUAAAGCACCCAAGGCGGUUAUAUGCACAUGCACCAUUUUGUGAAAGGAGCAAGACAUGUAUCAUACAUACCAAUCUCAAUUCUUCAAGUACAGAAGAAAACAAAAAGUUAAGUAAAGUAAAAGUAAAGCUUCCCCUUUUAAGCUGUGGAGUAUCAUCAUCAUAACCUCGAAAUCAAAGCUUUGAACGUGUAGAAAAUGAUUUAGAUUCUUUUGAAUUACCCAUCAUCUGUUGUUGUCCCUUGUUUGUUUUUGUCCACACUAUCUGGUAUACUUCAUUCGUGUCUGUACUGUAAUAAACGGAAGUUGUAUAGGUUACUUUAGCUCGAAAAUGAUUGUGUGAUGAAGAUGAUUAUGUAUC